AUGCUUUCCAACGUUGUCCUUCCCGCACUCUUCGCAGCGUCGUCUGUGGCACCGGCCAUGGCGCUGCCAAUAUCCGCGUAUGAUGAGGGCUCUGAGGCCAUCCACAUCAACUUGACAAGCUUGGUCCACGAUGCGGAGAAAGCUGCUGGUGCUCUGCUGCCAUUUGCUCCCGAUCUUCUUGGCCUCCUAGCCCGUGCCGACACCGACGCGGGGUCGGAAGCGAUUAGUCUCAAGAACGUCGGCAAGGACGUCGAGCACGUCGCCGGCUCAGCGCUGUCGCUCGCGCCGACCCUCCUGAAGCUCUUCCUGCGCGACGACGACGCGGGCUCCGAAGCCCUCCACUGGAACUGGACGACGAUCGGCCACGAUGCGGAGAGUGUUGCGGGCGAUGCAUUGUCGUUCGCUCCCACUGUAUUCAAGUGGUUCAGUCAUAGCGCCAAGGAAGAGCGGCGGGCGCGUGCACGCCGUGAGCUCGUGGGCAAGUUGAUGGCGCGGACGAUCCUGGACGAGCUGGAUUGA